AUAUUUUGCGCAUUAGCAGCAUUUCCCUAUUCACUCUGCGCUAGUAAAAUUAGUAAACGAUAAAGCAAAGCUUUUUUAUUAAAAUAAAAUAUGGUAGAACCGCAAUGAUAUUUAUUGAACUUUGCGUUGCUUUAGCUCUUAGUAUAUUAGCACUUUGCAAUGGGCAUAAAAACGCUACUAUUAAUGAAACAGCCGCAGUUUUGAACAAAGAGUAUAUAAAGACUACAGGAGAAAAAGAAACCUUACAAAAUAGUACAGAUAAGCGAAGCAGUCAGAAAUCAGAUGGUUCUAAUGAUGCAAAAAGUAAUGAUGAUCUUUAUGUCAGUGGACUCACUGAGCAAAUUUUUAAAAACAUUGAUGGUUACAAAGUAAAAGAUGUAGUAUCUGCUCCAAAUUAUCCUGACAAUCCUGACGAACAAAAUGCAAUUCCUAACAUUGAUAUCCCAUCUACUGGUUACAAAGGAUAUACAAAUUUUGGUGAAAGAAUUUUCGGCUAUUUUAAAGCUCCUCUUGAUGGCGAAUAUAUUUUCAACAUAUCUAGUAAUAAUAAUGGACAGCUUAUGAUAAGCACAAAUACAGAUAAAGCCAACCUUAGAAUUUAUGCAGAAGUUAAAGGUCCAGUAAUUGUUAAGUAUGGAGAGUUUGAUCACUUAGAGAAGCAAGGAUCAAUGCCAAUACCUAUGAAAGCCGGAGAAAUGUAUUAUUUGCAAGUGUUACACAAAGCAUUGUUUGGUUUGAAUCAUGUACAAGUGGGAGCUCUAUUUCCAGACAAAACAAAACAUUACCCAUUGGAAUCGAAAUAUUUCUUUACUUUGAAAGAUAUGAAAAAAGAAGGAGAGCCUUUAGAUGGUAAUGGAGACCCGAACAAUAAUUCAAGUAAUAGUGGUGGAGGUUUAGGAUCUGAUGGGGGCGGGGGAGGUGGAGCAGGUGGUGGUAAUUCUUCAGCUGGUGUUGCUGACCCAUUGGAAGCUGCAUUAGAUGCAGGACAAAAAGCUGGUAUUGCAAAUGGAGCCGAAGCUGGAUCAAAAGCUGGUGAAAAUGCUGGAAAGCGUGCUGGCGAAGAUGCAGGUGCAAAAGCUGGUGCUGAAGCUGGUUUGAGAGCUGCUGCUAGCGCCUUAGGAAUUUCAGUAGAGCAGUUAAAAGAACAAAAAGCUGAAAGAGAAGCAAACAAGAAGCUAGGUUUCAAGUUUCGAUUUUAUUCUGCAAACUUCAAAUGUUCACAACCUGGUGGUUAUGUAUGCAAGUAUGCUAUAAGUGCAGAAGAAGAUAAUACUGUUCAGUUAAAUCCUAGAGAAUCUGCAGCUACAUUUAUAUUGAGAAAACCUGGACUAAGUGGAAAGAUUGGAAGUGCUUCAUUUGAACUUGACUAUCGUAGAGGAGUAUUUCUUAAGAAAGAUGGGAGUGUGUUAACAGUUGGAGCAAAUGAUGGAAGCAAGCAGUUCGCAAAAUUGGCAUCAUUCUCUAUUGACAGCCAAAACAGUGUUUUUCCUGCCACAUAUGGAAUUCGAUUAUAUGAAAAUCCUGAUGUGUACGUGUGUCAUGCAGAUGGUACUUCUGAUUUGGUUAUUAGCAAGCUUUCUGAUAAUUGUGCAUUUUUUAUGGUUCCUAUAGAACUUGAUAUGAAUUCAUUUCAACCUUCAUGUAAAGAUUUUUGUCAACAGGAAGAAAAACCGUUAGCUCAAAAUAGAGCUCCUAAUAACAACUUUGCACCAGAAGAUAAUAAAGAAGCAACCAUAGAAACUUUGCAUCUUUUAGAUGCUUUAGCACGACACGCUGCAAGUGUUGCCACAGAGAAGACUGUGCAAGAUAGAAUCGCAAGCGAAAGAAUCGCUGCAAUAGCAAGGUUACAAGCAGAACACAAAAUGAAAGCUGACAGUCAUUUUUUUGAGAAUCUUCACCAUGAGCUUGAUGAAGGACAACAUAUGCGUGGCCAGCAAUACAUUACUGUACAUUUCAGAAAUAAGGCAGGUCCACCAGGGAAAAUAAGAAUUAAGUCUAGUAUCAAACCUGAAGGAUAUUUGUUGGGUGAAGACACUUUUAAGUUAAGAAUUGUAUUCAAACACCAGUUUUUAUCAGAAGUUAUUUUUAGUGGUGUUGAUGAAAGGGACAAGCCACAACAAAUUUUAUUAGAUGGACAAAAAGAACUUAAAAUAACACCAAGCGCCAACCCUACUGAUAUGAAAGAUGUUGUUGUAACAGCUGUCCAGGAUCCAAAUGGUCAUUCAUCGGCAUAUCUACGUUCAAUUUCAGGAUCUCCGAUUUUGCCAGUUACAAGCCCACUUAAAGGUAUUGAUAAUCCUCAAGCUAAGAAAAAUCUCACGUCUGAAUUAAAUUUAAAAGGUACAAAUUUCCCAGAUAUCUAUGAAUUUACAUAUGAUCAAGAUGUUGGACAAAAGAAAGGAAUUAUUGCAUCAUUGAGUUCUAAUAACAAAACAAAUAAAUUGGUUAGAAAAUUGAUACCAGUAUCAAAUACAGGGAGAUUUUACAUCCGAAAACCUGAAAUUAAGGAAAGCACACAGUUUAAAAGUGAAGGAGGUGGAGUUCUCUUAUCAAGAGUUUCUUAUCCCUUGAUAAAUCCAAGUAAAAGUUAUGAAACUUUCAUUAAACCGUUUGAUGACUUUGAUAAUCUAACAGAUGAACCUGAUGAUGAAGUUAAUAAAGAAAUAAAUAAGGAAAACGAAAAAAAUGUUAUUAAAAAGGCAUUUGUUAAUGAGACUGUUUUUUCAGAUAAUUUGCUAAAUGAAAAGGUAGAAGAAAAAGAUAAUGACAUUGAAGAGAUUGAAAAUUUAUCAGAUGAAAUUUUUCCAUUAGAAGGCAACUCUGAUGAGCGACUCUUGCGAGAUUACAGCCUUUCACGAGAUUAUCAUUCUGUAAAGAAUAUUACAGAAGCACUUAAUGAUCAUGUUGUAAAAGACCCUGAUUUGGUAGCGAAACUAUUGAAAAAAAAUGAUACUGGUGGUGACCCUCUUGUUGAUGACCCUGUUGUUGGUGACCCUGUUGUUGGUGACCCUGUUGUUGGUGACCCUGUUGUUGGUGACUCGCAUGUUAAUCAAGAUAAGCAGUUUUUGAGAUUUGAUUUGCAAAAUGAUGGAAGUGGUUUAGGCGAGAAUUUGCAUAGCAAUCAAAGUUCUGGUGAGCAUUUGAUUACAUAUAAAGAUACAGCUGGUUUAAAAGACGAAAUUUUUAAUAAACGUGGACACUAUCCCAGUUAUGUUGAUGUUUUUAAAACAAGUGAGAAUUAUGUAGAAUUACCAGGUGAGUUAAAAGAUGGAGUGCUGUCACAUCAGGAUGGAGUGCUGUCUCAUCAGGAUGUAGUCUUGUCACAUCAAGAUAAUGUGCUGUCACAUCAAGAUAAUGGACUUUUGCAUCAAGAUAGUGUGCUGUCACUCAAGGAUGCAUAUCCGUUGGAAAAUAUUUCAUCUCGUAAUAAAAAUUCAGAAAAUGUUUUGAUGAAUCAAAAAAAUUUUAAAAAUCUUCCUUCUCAAAUAAGUUAUAAAACAAAAAAAAUACUAAAAACUGAUAACCAAUCAGAUUUUUUACAUUGGAAUAAGAACAUAUAUAAUCCAGAAAGCUUAAUCAGUAAACCUCAAAAUGAAAAUUAUAUAAAAAAAAAUUCAAAUCAAACAGAAGUAAAAAGUAUAGCAACUAGCACAGUUCAAAACAGUGUAACCAAAGAGAUCAAAACUCAAAAUAAAACAAAAAGUGAAGCUCUUGUAGUAUUUCAAAAAUCUAAAGAGAGAAAAGAUCAAAGCGAAAAAAGUCAAUUGAAGGAAAAUCAUAAUAAAUUGAAAACAAAUGGUGAUGCACAAGGAAUAAUAAAUGAUUUAAAAUUGUUUUUAAAUGUUUUCAAAAACAGUUCAUUAAUUGGUAGUGACUCUUUUACUGGGAAAGCUUUACCUUAUGUAGAAAAUUUACUAAAUUCAGAAAUAGUAAAUAAACAGUUAGAUUCAAAAUCUAUUUCCAAAAAAAAAUUUAUUAAUAUUCUUAAAACAUUAGAAGAAAAUAAUCAUCGUGCAAAACUAAAAACAUUAAGUGAAUUUUUACGUAGAUACACUAUGAAUGAUGAAAAUCAGCGAAAGCGUUACGAAGCUUGGCAGAAUAAGCAUGCGCUUCCUCUAUCUUCAUAUUAUGCUGCCCCUAUAACUGGUUUUAGGCGGUCAUUUAAUAAUUACAAUCAAGGUAUGCCAAAAAAAAUUAACAAACAGUUUUUAAACAAGAUUUAUCAUCCUCCUUUUAAUACAUUUCAACGUCCUAGAUUGAGUUUUACUAACUUAGCAAGACAUAUGCCUCUUUCUUAUAAAUUGAGUCCUCACAUAAAUCCAGUGAAAAGUAAAACUUUAUAUAUAAAGGCUCCAUACAUUAGUUCUAAUUGGCCGAGGUUUAAUAUAGUACGACCUAAACCUGCUAGAUUCAACCAAAAAUCAAAGUUUGCUUAUAGCGAUGCAACAACAUUUUCAAACAAGCCAAACAUAAGAUCAUUUUAUAAUACGUACAAGAUUCAGUCUACUCCUCGUCGUCAUAUAACCUACUUCCAACCUUACCCUAUGCCUUAUUUCAAUUACUGGAAUGAAAAAAACAACUACAAGAAUAUUCUCAACAAUUUUCGGUUCAACAACAAUAUCAAAAAUUUAUCAAAUAAAAAUAAAUUAUAUUACAGUUUGAGCCCUGUAAAUAAUUUGCAUUCAAAAGUGCCUUUUAAUAAGAAUGUUUAUACUACAAAGCAUAGCUAUAGAACAGUUGAUAACAGAGAAGGGGAGUUUGUCAAAAGAGGUUUUAAAAAUAAGUUUUUAAAUACUGCAGAUAACAGUGCUUCUUUAGAUCAUAAACCAGUUGUUCGUGAAUCAAAUAGAAUUUAUUACAAAAAGUUUAAAGUUAAUCCAUUAACAGUUGUAGAUCGUGAAAAAUCUCACAUCAAAAUGAAUAAUGUAUCAGUAAAUUUGCAAGGUCUAGAAUAUAUUAAGAGAGGUAAAGGGACAGGCUUUAAUAAACGGAAUGUAAUUGUUCCUCUUUACAGAAGAAGAUUAUUUAGAAGAAGUAUUAUAUCUUCGCCGUUAUUUUUAAGAAAAAGGAAACCUUUAAAUUUGCAUACUAAAAAUCUUCAGUUCUCCGCUCUCAGAACUGAUAAAUCAUAUAAUUUAGUUCCAGUCCAUAAAACAGAUAAAGCAGCAAAUGUGACAUCAGUUAACAGUUCAUAUAAAAGAGAUAACAUUUAUUCUCAAUUUUUUCUCCACAAAACAGAUAAUAUUAAAAAAAAACUCUUAACAUCACACAAAUCAUUUAGAAACAAAGAUUCUAAUGAUUUUAUAAAUACAACUGGUCAAAGAACAAUAAAAAAAUAUGUUAAGAAUAGUUAUAAAGAGAAACAACAACAGGGUGAGAAUCAGAAGUUUAAAAACAAAAUACAGGCAAAUAAAGAAAAUAGUAAAAAAAAUCAACCUUCAAUGAUUGAAUUUAAAGGUUCAGUUAAAAUGUUACAUCGUAAGUCAAAUGAUUUAAAACAAUUUAUAUCAAAGAGAUCUCACAUGAUGAAACAUGUUGAACAGCAUCCCAAUGUUCGUCCUGAACGUCUAUUAACACGAUUAACAGGAGAAAACUUAUCUUUUUUAGAAAAUGGCUUGAAUAAAAAAAUUAACUCAUUUUUACCAAAACAUCAUUUAACAACUGAUUUACAAAAGUACAAGGAAAUUAAUGACUUUUUAGGGCAAAAAUUAAAUCAAGUAAUGAACACUAAAAAGGAGUUGCAGAAUACGCGCCAAUUUAAAACUGAAAGGUCCAAUGCUAGAUCAAAGCAGUUUGGAAAACAAAAUGAUUAUAAUAAUUUUGUUAGAGCAUUUAGUAGUUAUAGUAAUCCAGCACUUUACACCCCCCAACAACAAGCACAACAACAGCAAAAAGCAACAGAUUAUAUUAAAACGGCUGGAGGUUUUUCUUCCACUUUACAACCAUUGAAAAAUAGCUUUAAAUACAAGACAAACCCUAUCAUUAAAAAUCAACCAAUAAGUAUGAAUAACUUUUACUUAAAUCAUGCGCAGAAUAUCCCAACAAGUGACUUUUCUUUUCAAAUGUUUAUGAAACAAAAUCGGUACUUAGCUGCGUAUCUUGCUGCAUUUUACAAAAAAAAUCCGCUGUUAUUUAGAAGGCUAAAUACAAAAUACUAUUUUAAUAACAUGAGCCCUGAGCAAUAUGCUGUUUAUGUAAACAAGUUUGUUGAACCUUUAUAUCCAACGCUACGAUGGAGAAUAGCUAACUACAUGCUUGCAGAUUACUUUAUUAGAAAUGGUUACCCAGUUGAGCAUUUGGGCAGUAUAUAUAGCGAGCCUCUUAUAAAAAAUGUUAUUCACGAUUACCAGGUUUAUAAACAAAUUACUCCAGUAACAGUUUCUUACCCACAAAAGAAUUUAUAUAAUCCUUCUAACACUGCUUACACAUCAAAGAUUACUAAUAUGUAUACUACUCAAUACCCAAAUGCCAACUCUCAGCCGUAUUCCAAUAUGAAUUUUCCUAAAUUUACCUCAACAUUAAAUUAUCAUCAAGAUAAGGUUCAACCAGGAAACAAUUGGCAAAUAGGCUAUCAGCAACCUGGUAUUUUAAUGAAUCAUAUGCGUAAAAGUUAUCUUUCAAGGCAAUCCCGAAAAAAUAAUAUUUUAAAAAAAUCUCGAAAAGGUUUUUUUCCUAAAGAAUCUCCUAAACGAGUUUUCAAUCAGAUGCGAAUGUACAUACCAAAAAGAUAUGUGUUUCCAGCUAAAUUAAUUGAAGGCGAUUUUUCAUGGAAUAGACUAGGAGAAUUUAAGAGAACUGUCAUUGGGAAUAAGAAAAUGCUUAGCAAAAGGGAAAAAGGUAACUUAGUAGUUAAAGAAGACAAGAGUGUUAUUGGUAAUGUUACUGAUGAUAGUAUAACAUCUUUCUCUGUGAAAAAGAUUUUAGAUAGUAAACAGGUUCCAGUUUACGAGAAUAUAAACUCAGACAGUUUUCUUAAAAAUGAGGCCAAUGCAGAUAAUUCUAAAUUAAUCAGGAAAGAACUAAGUCAAUCAAUACCAGAUAUUAAAACAAAAACAGGGGAAAAAUUUUUUGGAACCAAAUCAUCCACAGUUAAAACUGGUGAAAAAACUGCAAGUCUAAAACGAUCUAGUAUGUUAAACAAUCCUAAAGACCUUUCUUCAAUUUAUGAUAAAUUAGAGCAAAACUCAAGUGCAAAUAUCUCAAUUAACAGCGUAGAUGUAAAUGACACAUCAAAAGGUUAUGCAGAUGAUAUUUCAAUGCAAGACUUAUUGAUAAUAGAGAAAAUGUUUGACACCGCGCAAGCAUUUUUUAUGUCAGAAAAAAAUAAAGCAAAGAAAAAUAAAACGUUAAGAAUGGACACAAGCUUAAUCAAUAACCAAAAAUUUCCUUUUGUUGCUCAAAACUCAAGUAAAAAUACAAAUGAAAUUUUACCACGUUUGGCAGAUAGCUUCAUAGUAUCUCCCUCAGAAAUUGUCAAUAGUUCAAAGAUAUUUCAAAAUCCAGUUAACUCAAAUCAAAAACCAAUAAAAGUUUUACUAAAUGACUCAAAACUUUUUAAUAAAAAUCCCAAAACAUUUGAUUUCAAAACUAUUGAUUCCGAAACUUUUGAUUCGAAAACUCUUGAUUCCAAAACUUUUGAUAUCAAAAAUCUAACAACAAUGAAACCUAAAAAUGAUUUUCCAAAAGUUGUUUCACAAGAAAGCAGUGUGCAAAAUAAGCUUUUAAAAGAAAAAAAUAAACAAAGUGAGUUAUUAGACGAAAAAAGUAAACAGAGUGAGCUGCUAAAAGAAAAAAUUAAACAAAGUGAGUUAUUAGACGAAAAAGGUAAACAGAGUGAGCUGUUAAACGAAAAAGGUAAACAGAGUGAGCUAUUAAACGAAAAAAGUAAACAGAGUGAGCUGUUAAAUGAAAAAGGUAAACAGAGUGAGCUAUUAAACGAAAAAAGUAAACAGAGUGAACUGUUAAAUGAAAAAGGUAAACAGAGCGAGCCUUUUAAAGUAAGUGCGCAGAACGAAUUAAAAUCCAAUAGAUUGUUGACAACGCCAUUUGCAGUUAAAAAAGAAAAACAUAAAUCAAUGAAUCGUAUUUCAAACAAUUCUUCGCGUACUUCUCGGGCAGACUCAAUCUUAUCAGAUAAAAAAAAAGUUAGUGAAGCGAAUCAUGAAAAUCAUCAAAUGAAUCACAGUCAAGCGAAUCAUGAUAAAGUGAUUUAUAAUAAAAUAGAGAUACGUAAAAAUCAAACCACAAAAAGCCCCACAUCUAAACCAACAGUAUUUACUAAAGAAACCACCACUCUAAAACAAAGUAGAGAAGAAUACCAUCGGCAGAAUGAUAAUGACGAAGCCACAAGUGAGUUAGAAGACGCAAAGGAAGCAUUACAAACUAAGAAUGAGAGAGAAAAUCAUGAUAUCAUUAUAAAUCAAAGGCAGCAAAGUAAUACAAGUGAUACUGAAACUUUAAAGGAUGAAAUGGUCAGUGAACAUGAUCAGUCUCUAGGAUCGAGGCAGAGUGAAAGGGUACCAACAGAACAGCUGAAUUUAGAGGCAGAGAAAAACCAUUCUGCACAUUUAACCGCAACCACAAAAGAUGACGAAAAGCUUGAUGAUCUUCACCAAACACUUGAUUUGGAUCGUUUGCUGAAGUCGUUUGAUUUGAGUCCUAGCGACAUAAGUAAUGAAGAUUGGUUUGAGUCGACCUUUCGACCAGAUGCUACAACAAAACUUGAUUUAAAAAUAACUACAUCAAAAUUUCUCACGGACGUAAAAAGAAAGCAUAAGCAUGUAGAAUCACCAACGAGCAAGCAACAAAUGAAUAACAUUGUAAAAAUUGCCGAGUCUAGUGAGCAAAAUGAGUUGCAGAACCUUAUUAAGGAAUCUAUUGGAAGUGGAAUUAACAACGAAUUAAAUCCAGCUCUAAACUUGGUUAGUUCUGCCAAGGCUUCAGAUGACAAAAAUCAAAAAGUAAUAGAUAACGAAGUAACAGACUCUUCAAAUAUAGAGGGUUUAAAAGGUGCAGAAAUAACAAACAAUGAAAUAGGAAAACUUGUAGGAGAUUUACCAAACGACUUCGAAGUUGGAGAAAAAGAUCCUAAUGGAUUUUUUGAUGAUGCUAUUGAAAAGGGUGACGUAAUUAAUCAGAUUAAAUUUCAAGAUCAAAAAGAGGUUCAUGAUUUGAAACUUGAUCUUUCUGGUGAUAGUGGUAGCAAUGGGAAACAAAAACCAUUUUCGUACAUUGAUUCUAAACGUAAUAAAAAAAACUCGAAACCACUCAGCGUUGAAAACAUCAAUCAAGCGUUUGAUAACGCUGCUCUCAGUAAAGAUUCUCUGCAUUUUGAUAGAGGGCAUCAUGAGGAAAAUCCUUUGCAAGUUUUUGACUCCGGUGGUGAUAAGUUUACAGAAAAUACAAGGACACCUGAAGACAUCUCCAAAACCAAAGAGGAGAAAUCACGAAAAAACAGUUUUGAAACUAAGUAUCAAUCUACGGAUAUAAAUGAUGUUAGAGACAAAUGGCGUGAAGUUAAUGGUCUGAAUAAAGAAAAAGAUAGCGAUGAGAUAGAAGAAGCAACUCUUACAACUACUCCUGAAACUACGCAUGAUAUAAAACCACAUCCAUUAGCAGCAAAAGAGAAAGAUAAUUUGCUUGAUAAUUAUUUCAAGGAAGUUGAAAAUAGUCAGCACGAUUCGAAUUUUGAAAAAGAGUAUAGCCAAAGACAAUCGAAACGCAAACAAAAAAUACAAGUCACUCUAGCAAUGAUUAAUGAUAUUGAAAAGCAAAUUGAUACUAUUAUGAAUGUUACAGAGGCAAGUAAGAAAUUGAAUCCGUUGAAAAAAAAAGGGAAAGAGGCAGUGUUUAAUGAGCUUGUGUAUGGUAGCACUCAGAAAAAUGUUUUGGAAGAUUCUGCAACAAGUGAUAAUAAGCUAGAUAAUUUAGAGGAAAUAAGAAGUCACAGUAAAAAGAGUAAAAAAUUAAAACUCUCUGCUGCACCUAAAGACGAAAACGUAUACACUGAUAAACUCGAAGACUAUGACGAUUCGGAUUCAAAUAAACAUUUACUUGAUAUUAGCAGCAUGGUUGCAUCGAAAGAUCGAAAAGAACGUUUUCAACAGGCUCAAGCUCUCUUUAAGAUCCAAAAAGAUGAGGCAAAUGAAGACUUACUUAAAUUAAAAGAAAUUACUCAAGACGGCUUGCAAUCCAUGUUUGCAAAAGCUGUUGCCAAGCAACAAAAGUUUAUGGAUGAGGUACAAGGUCCACCUGCGAGCGUUGUUGGGACGCAAGAAAGUAGCCAUCCAGAUUUUGAACACAAUAAGCUUAUCGCAAUAGAGUCAUCCACAUUAGAAUCUCCCGUGGCUAACUCUUUAUCAUAUAACACUUCGCCACGUUUAUGGAGACCUUUAGAUGAUGGAGAUUAUAUUACUGAUGAGGAUGAAACGCCGGCACGUAAAAAUCUUGUUUUGGAUGAAGACCAGUACAAUAAACGAGACGCUCUAAAGUGGAGUGAUAGAUAUCAGGAUAAGAUCAUUAGUGAUGAUGAUCUAGACGAUGAUAGCGAUGACGCUUCUGAUAAUGACACUGAGAACGAUGAUUAUUUGGAAGAAAAAGAUCAAGACGCAUAAAGAUUUAUAUACACAUAUAACUAAUAGUAAUGAAAAUGCUAUUUUUGUAAAUACCCCGGUCAAUAAAAAGCGUUAUAUUGGCAUAUCGCAAUCAUAAUGUUUAAUACAUAUGUUUGAGCGCUCAUAUUGACUCGCUAAUGGUCUUUUUCAAACUGUACAAAUUAUGAACAAGUUUUACUUAGUUCUAUUGUAUGAUGUAUUUCAAGUGUUAUUUGAAACUCUGAAAAACGCAGUUCUUUGACUAAAUAUCUUAAAUACAAAGAAGUUAAUAAUUAAAGCCUAAUAUUCUGAACGUAAUCACGUGUUAUGCUAUCACGAAUACUUUCUAGAAAUAAUUUUCAAUCAAUUUUUGAUUGUGAGAUGAAAAUGAUUUAACUAUUGAAAAAUGACUUAGAAUGUUUUAA